AUGGUUGUUUGGGGGCUUCGAUGUGUGAAGGGAGAGUUCCCCCUCGCUGCGAGGAAGGACCCUCGACCUCCCCGCGUGGGACACUUCUUCUUCCACGAAUUGGUGAAGAAGAAGCAUGAGAGUGCCGAGUGGCUCUUGAAGCUUCAAAACCAGCGUGGCGGCCAAGUCCUCUUCCAAGACAUCCAGAAGCCAUCCCAGGACGAGUGGGGUAAAACCCUGGACUCCGUGGAAGCAGCACUGGCCUUGGAGAAGAACCUAAACCAGGCCCUUCUGGAUCUGCACGUCAUGUUCGUGCUGUGCCAUGGCCUCCUGCAGCUGUGCCAACUCCUGUACAGUGCCUACUUCAAAAGCAGUCUGACCACCAUCGAGAAGCGCUUCGGCCUCUCCAGUUCUUCCUCAGGGCUCAUUUCCAGCUUGAAUGAGAUCAGCAACGCCAUCCUCAUCAUCUUCGUCAGCUACUUCGGCAGCCGAGUGCACCGGCCCCGACUGAUUGGUAUCGGGGGCCUCCUCCUGGCCACAGGCGCCUUCUUCCUCACCCUGCCGCACUUCCUCUCAGAUCCUUACCAGUACUCCUUGGUUGAUGUCGGGAACAGCAGUCACUACCAGGCCGAGCUCUGUCAGAAGCAUCGGCAGGACCUGCCCCCUAGCAGAUGCCAUGGCGCCGCCCACAACACCCAGAAGGAGACCAGCAGCAUGUGGGGCCUGAUGGUGGUUGCUCAGCUGUUGGCUGGCAUCGGAACUGUGCCCAUCCAGCCAUUCGGAAUCUCCUAUAUAGAUGACUUUGCGGAGCCGAACAACUCACCCCUGUACAUCUCCAUCCUGUUUGCCAUCUCUGUGUUUGGACCAGCUAUCGGCUACCUCCUGGGCUCUGUCAUGCUGCAGAUCUUUGUGGACUAUGGCAGGGUUGACACAGCCACAGUUAACUUGAGCCCCGGAGACCCCCGAUGGAUUGGAGCCUGGUGGCUAGGACUACUUAUUUCCUCAGCCUCCUUGGUUGUCAUUUCCUUCCCCUUUUUUUUCUUUCCCCGAGCAAUGUCCACAGGAGAACAGAGUUCUGCUUCCAUGGUGGAAGAGACAAGGAAGGAGGAAGAGGUCAAGUCAAGAGACUCUCUGGUGGAUUUCAUUAAACGGUUCCCUCACAUCUUUCUGAGGCUCCUCAUGAACCCACUUUUCAUGCUCGUGGUCCUGGCCCAGUGCACCUUCUCCUCUGUCAUCGCUGGUCUCUCCACGUUCCUCAACAAGUUCCUGGAGAAGCAAUAUGGCGCCUCAGCGGCCUAUGCCAACUUGCUCAUUGGUGCUGUGAACCUUCCCGCUGCAGCCUUGGGCAUGCUCUUCGGAGGAAUCCUCAUGAAACGUUUUGUUUUGUCCUUGCAAGCCAUCCCCCGAGUGGCCGUGAUCAUCAUCACCAUCUCCAUUAUGCUCUCUACCCCCCUCUUCUUCAUGGGGUGUUCAACCCCGACUGUGGCAGAAGUCUACCCUCUUAGCCCAUCCAGUUCCACACCUCCACUGCCUCCCACCUGCAACAAGGACUGCGCAUGCCCAGAUUACAUCUUCCACCCCGUCUGUGGAGCUGACGAGAUCGAGUACCUCUCCCCUUGCCACGCGGGCUGCAGCCACGUCAACAUGAGCUCUGUGGCCUCCAAGCAAAUGAUCUAUCUAAACUGCAGCUGCAUCACCAAGGGAUCUGGUUCCGCGAAGACUGGGUCGUGUCCCAUCCCCUGUGCCCACUUCCUGCUCCCGACCAUCUUCCUCAUCUCCUUUGUGGCUCUGAUUGCCUGCGUCUCCCACAAUCCCCUCUACAUGAUGGUCUUGCGGGUGGUGAACCAGGAAGAAAAAUCCUUUGCUAUCGGGGUGCAGUUUCUACUGAUGCGUCUGCUCGCCUGGCUGCCGUCUCCGUCCCUGUAUGGCCUCAUCAUCGACUCCUCCUGCAUCCGGUGGAGCUCACAGUGCUCGGGAAGGCGAGGGGCGUGCACCUACUAUGACAACGAUGCUCUGAGAAACAGGUAUCUGGGCCUCCAGGUGGGCUACAAGGUCCUGGGCUUGCUGUUGCUCUUCCUCACCAUCUGGAGAGUGAAGAAGAACAAGGAAUACAACGUGCAGGAGAAAGCUGCAGACCUCAUCUGA